ACUUAAAGCUCCAACAUGAUCUUGCUCCUCUUCUUGUUUGGUCUGGCUCUGGGUGCUCCUUCUGAGUCUCCUUUGGAUGACAAUAAAGUGAAGCUACAACUUGAUGACCACAAAGCUAAACUACUGCAUGGAAGCUGUCCCAUGUUCUGGUACAGCUUCAAUGGCCGCUGCUAUAAAUAUGUGGCCACACACAUGAGCUGGGCUGAUGCAGAGCUCUACUGUGUGUCACAGCGAGCCAACCUGGUGUCUAUCCACAGCGAGGAGGAAGAGAAGUUUGUUAAAUCAUUAAUUAAGAACUUUGACCAUGCUGAGCGAUUGACCUGGAUUGGACUGAGUGACCUCCAUAAGGAAGGCAGAUGGAUGUGGUCUGAUGGUUGUGCAGUGAAUUUUGUCUACUGGCAUGCAGGACAACCAGACAACACUGGAACAUUUGAACACUGUGUUCACACUAACUGGCUUGAAGCAAAGAAGUGGAAUGAUCACCAAUGUUCUGUCAAUUUAGCUUCUGUUUGUGCAACGCAGAUAACCUGCCCUUAGAUACUUAAGUGUACAUUAAACCUGCAC